CUCGGAGGUAGUUGUACCACUUUAAUGAACCAAUUGUGUUUGGGACUCUUCCAGCUAAGCAUGGGAAGACGGAAGUUGGCAAGAGAUGAGGAAAACGCCUGGGGUUCUGAAGACAGCAUGUGGGGCCUGCAGGAGCCCAAGCUGAGGCUCAUCCUGGCAGGGAGGACAGGGGCGGGAAAGAGUGCCACUGGGAACAGCAUCCUGGGCCAGAAUUGCUUCUUCUCCAGGCUCAGGGCCACCUCAGUGACCACAACGUGUGAGGUGGGGAGCUGCAGGUGGGGUCAUUGACACGUGGAAGUCAUGGACACCCCGGACAUUUUCAGCUCCCAAGUCCCCAAGACAGACCCAGGGUUCCAGGAGCAGACGCACUGCUACCUGCUGUCGGUACCAGGGCCCCAUGCAGUGUUCCUGGUGACUCAGCUGGGCCACUUCACCAUGCAAGACCAGGAGUCCCUCAGCGCACUCAAGGACCUGUUCGGGGACCGCGUGACAGCGCACACCAUCGUGCCGUUCACACGCAAGGAGGACCUGGCCGGGGGCUCGGUGAAGGAGUUCGUGCGUGACAUGGACAACCAGGCACUGCGGAGGCUGGUGGCCGAGUGCGGGGGCUGCGUGUGCGCCUUCAACAACCGGGAGGUGGCUAUGGAGCAGGAAGCCCAGGUGCAGGAGCUGCUGGAGCUGGUGAAGUGCCUGGUGGUGGCCCACUCUGGUGUCCCCUUCACCAACGACGUGUACCACCUGGCGCAGGCGCUGGCUGGCGUGGAUCUGGAGGAGCGGAGGCGUAGGGUGGCAGAGAAACUAGCCCUCCUAGCCCGUGGUUACAAGGUGCGGCAGCUGCUGGGCCAGCUAUGGGCUUUGGUGCCACCCCGGAAGAUGUGCUCUGUCCUGGUGCUGGGUGCUGUGUUCCUCCGGUUCUGGCUGCUGACCAAAGGCCUGAGGCCUAGGUUGAUCCUCAGUGACAGGCUGUAA